UUAUUUGUGCGGAAUAAUUUGUUAAUGAGCCGUUUUCAAUGUCGGCGUGCGGUCAUGCGCACUGACCCAGUUUUCGGUAAUUUGUCAACAUCGUUGAUAAAUCACAUGGUAAUAUUGACAAGUUAUACCCAAUUUACACAAUCCAAAAUCGAUUCGUUUUGUGUGGGUGGCUGAUUCGGGCGUUUCCCAAUGGAAAAGAAAGAAGGGAACGUCUUUGUGGUUGGAAUUGGCGGUGUGUCUAAUGGAGGUAAAACAACAUUAGCAGAAGGUCUCGGUCGCUGUUUAGAAAAUGAAGAAUUCAAUGUCACUGUAAUACAUCAAGACAUAUAUUUUAAGGAAGAGAAAGAUGUGCCGUUGCAUGAAUCAGGCGAAUUUGGAAGAUGGGAUGAAAUGAUUGCGUUUGACAUGGACACAAUGGUCAAAGAUGUCAAAAAUAUUAUUGAAAAAAUGAAAAACACUGAAAAAUCAUCUGUUCUAAUUAUUGAAGGAAUAUUGAUAUUCAAUCACAGGGAAUUGAAUUCAUUAUUCAAUAUGAGAUUUGUUUUCACACUAACAAAGGAGGAAGCGAAAAAACGUAGAUUGACGAGAGAAUAUGAGCCAUCGGAUACUCCUAACAUAUUUGAAUAUCAUGUAUGGCCAAUGUAUAUCCAGUAUCUUGCAGAACUUCGAAAAAUCAAAGUCAAUUUUAAUGAAUUAGAUGGUGAAAUUUCUCAGCAAAAAAUUCUUCAACAAGUCAAAUCAAAAGUUAUGAACAGUUUUCCAAAGGAGAAUGGCUUUAGUUGAUCAUGAUUACUCAAUGAGUUGAUUAACCAAGUUGUACUAUUUUCACUCAAGUGCUAAUGGCUUUGUCUUUGUUUACUAAGUGCAAAUUUGCUCUUUUCUACCUUGGUGCAUCACUUAUCAAUGCAAUGAAUAAACAUGGCUAAUUUGA